AUAUUUGAAUGCAACCCUGUGAAGAUGUAGCACAGUUUGUUUUUCUGCUAUAAAAAACAAGAUAUUAUUAAAUAAAAAGUGUAAUAUUUUAACGGAAAACAAAGUAUUUUUACAUUUGCAAUUAAUUAUUUAUAAGUUUGUGAAAUUUAUAAUGUUAUAGCAUAUAAACCACACAAUUGUAUUGAUCGUCACCUGAUAUUAUUGGCCACUACAUACGAAAAGGGAGAAAAACAAACAACAAAAGCCGUGAACUAAACAAAAAAAGGUGGAAUAGAAUUGAUGAAAACUUUAAAAUUUCUUAUCAGUUCUUGGCGUAUCUGAUAACUGUCUUACCAAUUUAUAAAAAAUGUGUGGCACAAAUUCGGCAAGUACAAAAGGCACACGCGCCCUUAUUCUCGUUGGUGGCUACGGAACACGACUACGUCCUUUGACUCUUAGUACACCAAAACCACUGGUAGAGUUUGCGAAUAAACCCAUUUUAUUGCAUCAGCUUGAAGCUUUAGUUAGUGCCGGAUGCAGGCAGGUUAUACUUGCUGUUUCCUACCGCGCUGAGCAAAUGGAAAAGGAAUUAAAACAGGAAGCAGAAAAAUUAGGCGUUAAUUUAAUAUUUUCACAUGAAAACGAACCCCUCGGGACGGCGGGACCACUGGCGUUAGCGAAAGACAUUCUCAGUUCCAGCAGUGAACCCUUUUAUGUGCUAAACUCGGAUGUGAUUUGUGAUUUCCCAUUUAAGCAAUUAGAACAAUUCCACAAAAAUCAUGGCAAAGAGGGCACAAUCGUUGUUACAAAAGUCGAAGAGCCGUCCAAAUACGGCGUGGUGCUGUACGACGAACAAGGUCGUAUUGAAAAUUUCAUUGAGAAACCGCAAGAAUUUGUAAGCAACAAAAUUAAUGCCGGUAUAUAUAUAUUUAAUCCCUCUGUGCUGGAUCGCAUAGAAGUUAAGCCAACAUCAAUUGAAAAGGAAGUUUUUCCCGUUAUGGCUGAUGAGGGACAACUGUAUGCAAUGGAAUUGCCAGGUUUUUGGAUGGAUAUAGGACAACCUAAGGAUUUCCUAACAGGCAUGUGCCUUUAUUUAACAUCAUUACGGCAAAAGCAAUCAUCCAAACUUUAUACCGGACCCGGUGUAGUGGGAAAUGUUUUAGUGGAUCCAACAGCAAAAAUAGGCGAAGGCUGUCGUAUUGGACCAAAUGUUACUAUCGGCCCAGAUGUAGUAAUUGAAGAUGGCGUUUGUAUUAAGCGUUCAACGAUUCUCACAGGUGCUAUAGUUAAGUCACACUCAUGGUUGGAUUCCUGCAUUGUAGGUUGGCGUUCGGUUGUAGGCCGUUGGGUGCGUUUAGAGGGUAUAACCGUGCUUGGUGAAGAUGUUAUUGUGAAGGAUGAAAUCUACAUAAACGGUGGGCAGGUACUGCCUCAUAAAAAUAUAGCCGCUAGUGUACCAGAACCUCAGAUAAUAAUGUAAAUGUUUGAUAAUGCUAUUUUACAGUUAUUAACUGCAGUAUAAAUAGGUAUUAGUGAAAGUUUUCUAUGAUUUUUUCUUAAAUAUGCCACGAUUGGUAAUUUUCUUAAAAUGAGCGGCAUCUUGAAUUUGAUUUG